CCCGGAGUGUGAGGUGUGUGUCGCUCCCCGGUCCCAGUGCUGUGUGUGCACGCAGUCUCGACAAAUCGCAACCCACUAAACACGCCAUAUAAAAGCCCAAGAGCUGACAUGAAGGACGAGUCUACUCUGCCCUGCAUCAGGAUUAAGCCUGGGGGAGCGUGCCUGGAGGGCCUGCUGCCAGCGGUGUACGAGGCGACCCUGGUGCACUCCAACACCCACGGCAGACACGCACUGCACACUGUCGCUGACCAGACGACGUCUGCCAUCAUUUACGUCGCCAUCGUGGUCAUAUUCUACGUGCUGAUUAUUGCAAUCUUGGUUGGCACGACACUACGCCGACGCUCGCUGCUGGCCGAGGACAUGGAGGAGAGCACACACCUGCUCUUGUACGACCAGAAAACUGACACUGUCAGGCCUACAGCUGCUGUUCCCGCCUCCAGACUACUCGAGUCUGGCCUCGUUACAGUCUAAUUUUUAGAGUUACUCAAAGAAGUAAUACUUCGAGAUACAGAUAUACACGGCACGAAAAUUACUAAUUCUGCUUGGUACUGUUAUUUGAAUUAAUUUUCAGAGCAGUAUCGGUAUAAAUUGGAUCGUUUUCGUGGCCAGGAUGUAUAAUGAAUUCAGUUAAUUCAUUCCUGGCAAUGCCUGAUACAAUCAAAGAUGAGUAUUGAUCGGGAUGAAGUUUAUGGAAGCGUUACAAUCCCUGAAGUUAUUGCGGUCAACAUUACAGCGGUAACUGCUGUAUAUAAAGAGGCAAUUACCAGCUAUCGUAAUUAGCUAAUUUCUGAAGAAUUACCUUACCUUCGAAAAUGCAUUGCCAUGUUUUUGGUUGAUUUCUAAAAUUUGUGAACUCGAGAGGGGUUAUAAACGUUUCAUCGAGAGAUUAAAUUAUUUUAAUAGUGGCAUAAAAUAACGGGUUGACGCUGGGAAAUAUUUUAUUCUCAAUCUUAUACAUUUCAAAUUUGGUCCUCAAAUCGCAUGAUGAAACUAUUUUGACCAAUAUACGUUUAUUUUUUACACUGGUUCUUCACGUUUCGAGUAUUAAUUGUAAUAAUCAUUCCGAGAUGUCUCUGAUGCUCGUGUAAUCGAUUUGUUACUGUCGUUCAUAUUACAAUGCUCGUAUUGUAGAUGAAAACAUAUACUAAAAAUGAGAAUGCAAUGUUGUAACUCAUUUUAUUGUGUUGAACAAUAACGUACGAUAUUUUACUGGUAGAUUGGAAAUCCUGACAACCCAAUUAUUUGUAGAAAAGAAUAUAGGGUCAAUUGUGAUUUUUAUCAAUGAUUGUGUGGCAUUCCAAUUUAGGUACCUCGUGAAAGUAACAAUGUGCUCCUGUCAAAUUAAUCAAUGACUUUUGUGAUUAUAUAAUUAAUUUUAUAAUUAAUAUUUUCAUAAUAGAUCAAAAUAUCGUAAAAGGUUCACAUAUCACAUGUUGGAACCAAAGUUUUUUGUAUUAUGGUAAAAAUUUUUGAUCACCUCGCAUUUAAUAUUGCGUAUAUCUUCGCAUAUAACGCCGUAUCCUUGCAUUUAUUAUGGCGUCAUGGUCGCAUGAGU